ACACGUCGUUUCGCCGGAAGGGGCGCGAGAUGACGGAGCCAAAGGCGGCGGCGCCGCUCCCGAAGGAGCUCCGAAUGGCGUGGAAGCGUGCUACGAAGCUUCUAAAACUCAAAGACACGGGGAAGAAGAUUGAGGGCCUCGCGUACUGCGGCACGGACGGUCGCUUCUUCCGCGAAGGCGGCUGCGUUGCCGUCCUCAUGGCCUUCCUGACGCGCACCAAGCAACACGAGGUCUUGCACCAAACGCUGCUAAUGUUUGUCAAGCUGCUUGCGUCCGGCGACCCGGCGCUGUCCUGCGCCGAGAACGUGCUCUACGUGCUCGAGGAAGGCCGGAAGCCCGCAUCGCCGUGGAAUAGCGGCGAGUACUUUCUCAACACACUGAGCAUGCCUCUCAGCGACGACUCCAAGAUGGCCGCCAUCAAGAUCUACACGAGCAUGGUCGAGUGCUGUGCGGCGGCGGUGGCCUCCGAUCUUCUUCCGUCGCUCUUAACCCUGGGGCGUCCCAUCGAGCAGCUGGCUUCAGCUCUGCACAGCCCGUCCCCGGAGCUGCAGUAUUUGGCUCUGAACGGUCUCUUCGUCUUUCUCAAGCACACCACCGCGAGCGACGAGGCCAUCGCGACGCUCUUUUCGAUUGACGACGGACCCAAAGGCAUUCUGAGCUUCUUACACCACACUGAGACCCGCUUUGCCUUGCUUGCACUGCAGUUGCUCGAGUGGCUCACUCAAAGCGACGUUGGACGCGACCGACUCAACGCCGACGGACUUGUGACGCACCUCACGGAGAAGCUCCAGAGCUGGACGUCCGCCCUCCUUGGGACGGUCGAAGCCGAGAUUGUCGACGCCACGUGCCAGUGUCUGAGUCUCGUCGUGCUUGUGCUCGCUCGCGUGCACAUUGUGUCCAACUUUGCGAUCGCUGAAAACGCGACGAUGGUCACCGACGCCGUCCAAGCGAUGGCUGCCGUUCUCUCAACAUCGACGCUCCAGGCGUCCGCCAACAUGGCCACGGCCUUGAGCGUCCUCGCGUCCAUUGGUCGACUCGUCGAGCGACAUGGCCCGAGCCUCGCAGCCGCGACGCAGACUGGCCUCUUGACGACGCUUCUCUACUUCCUCGUCGUCGACGAGCGCAAUCCGCGCGAAGCUUCGGGCUCGUCCGAGGGAACCGACGCUCAUGACGUCGACCCAAAAACCAAAGCCAAACCGAAACCGGGUGGAAAGGAAAAGCCUACAAAGGAUGCACCGCCCCCGCCGGUCGAAGAAGUCGACCCUGCGCUGCUCGAGGCCCAAGCCAAAGCCAAGGCCGAGAAGGCCGCCAAGACCAAAGUACUCUACGCUACGGUGCGCAAUGCUGCCGACAAGCUUCUUCAUCUUUGUACUGGCGACGGCCCGCUCUUUCUCGAGGAGAAUGUACUCAUGCAGUACGAUGCCUUCCAAGCCAUCUUUGCGAUCCCCGACACUGCGACCCAGCUUCGCGCAGCACGCCUCGCGGCCAAGGUGGUGCAGCACAAAGAGAACGGGGCCAAGUUUGGCCUCCUCGGCACGCCGUGUCUCUUGACAGUGCUGCAAGAUCAGUUCAAACUCCAGUCGACUCCACUUGCAACGGACGCGCUUGCAGAGUUGCCGACCGACGACGACCGACGAUCUGUCGAGGCCAAGUACUCGAGCUUUGUCAUGUACAUCUCUAUGGCCCUUGCGCCGCUCUCGAUCCACAGCACGGAAGCCUGCGAUGCGUGUGGUGACGAAACCAAGAGCCCCGUGGGUCCACUCGUAAGUUACAUUGUCCACCACGCGGCCGACGGCGACAUCUUGCUUGAAAACCCGCUCUCGUUUCCUUGGGGGCUUGACGACCGCAGUAUUUCGCCUCUGGAGCACCCCCCGGUUCGCGCUAAGCCGCAAGUGUGGGCUGCGCAGGCCGUCGCGGCCUUGGCGCGCUGCUACGCGCACUGGGUCGCACUCGCGACGCCUCGCCCAGACGAACCGCCUCCGCCGGUGGAGAAGAAGGGCGCCAAAGACAAAAAGCCGGUUGUUGUCAAGGAGAUUCCCGUGACGGGCGACCGCGUCACGCAGCGCAUUGCGACACAUGCGUUUGCGCUGCUGCAAUUCCUUCGAGAAAUCACCGACUUCGACGUGCACACCGAAGUGCUCGCGAUCUUGCGCCCGCUUCCGCUGCUCCCGAACGGGCGCAAGUCGCUCCUCAAGCAGGCGUUGGACGCGCCGCUGGAGCCAAUACCCGAUGGCGUCCAGCUCGGUCAUUGGCCGUUCCUAGACCCUCUUGCGCCCGCCAUGGCCGCCCACGCGCGAGUGCUCGAGGCCAUUCUCCACGUUUUCCACCGCGACGACUCGCCGCUCGACAACAUUGCGGCCGCCCUCGCGCUGCUCCACUCGCUUCUUUUGGAUGAAAAAUCGGCCCCGGACGAGUACGACAUGGACCUCUUUGUGAACGCGGGUCUGCACCUCGGCGUGUUGCCGAUGCUCAUUGCGCUCCUCGACACGCAGCGCAUCGAUGCGACUCCGAUCGAUGGUCUCCAAGGCGCCCUGCGCGGUCUCGCGCAGUACCUGAUCCAACUCGGAAAAGUACGCGAGCCCAGUGUCCAGGCCAAGCUCAAGGUGUAUUUGGAUGAAGAGGAAGACGGGUCGCAGCCGCAGCUCGACGCGGUCGCACGCACCAAGACGAUUACCACGCGGUACGCCGACUUGCUCUCUCGGCCGUUCGACUUUGGCCGGUUUGGGUACAUGGCCAAGGCAGCAAUUCACAUGGCGAUCGACCUCAACGAAGCGCCGCUUGUACAGCUCUUGCUCGACGCAGGAGUCUCGGCGCAACUCGCGGACCGCGACGGUUCGUCCUGCCUCAUGCAAGCCUUCGUCGCCGGCAAUGACAUGAUGGUGCGCGCCCUCCUCGACGCCGGCGCCGACGUGAAUGCGGUCAAUGCCGCUGGGACGCCCGUGCUCAAGUUCAGUCUCUUCUCGUCCAGCGUUGUGCAAGACCCGGCCGUCCAAGCGCUCAUCGCGGCGCGGCAUCACAAGACGGGCGACCCGUUUGAGACCGCCAAGGCGCUCGAUAGUCUGUACGUCGAGACGAUUUCCGACUACACGACGCAGUGCCUCGAGCGCGGCAGCGACCCGAACGUCACGAGCGAGCUCGGCACGUACCCGCUGCACUGGAUUCUAUCGACGUGUCACCUCCACGCCAACAUCCGCGGCUGCGACCUCUGCUUCCGCCUCGACUCGAGAAAGCACCCGGAGGAUGUCAUCGAGCAGUGGAUCUCCGCGCUUCUCAAUGCGGGCAGCGACAUGAACGCGUGCAACAAGCUCGGGCGCACGCCGCUGCACCUCGCUCUCUUGCACGGCCACAGCGGCCCCGCCAAGCUGUUGCUCGAGCGAGGCGCGAAUCCGUUUGUCCGCGAUCGGUUUGGCUGCUUUAGCCUCCACUAUCUCUGUCUCGGGCGCUGCGGUGAGGCCAGUGUGCAGCUACUGGACAUGAUUCUUGGCCGCGCGACCAAGUUUGACGUCACGACCGGCGUGCACAACGACCUGCGCAAGGGCAAGUCGGACGCCGCCAAGCGCCUCGUGGAGCUCGACGCGAUCUUUGCCGCGGGCUUGGAAAACAUUUUGCGUCCGCACAGCCUCAGCAUGUGUCCAUCGACGCCGGCCGAGCUGCUUCUGCACGCAAGUCAGUCAGGGUACCUCCCACUGCACUUUGCUUGCGGCGCCACCGAGCCCGACAUUGACGCGAGCUACGAGCACCUCCGAGACUCGCAGCCGACUCGGCGUCAGAUCCUGGAGCACCUAGUGUUUGCCUAUGACGCAGACCUGGCGGCGCCGACGGCGACUCAUGCCAACGCGCUUCACAUCGCGUGCAAGGCUGACGUCGAAGGCGCCAACGCCGAGAUCAUCAACUUGCUCCUGCAGUCCGACGUGGGCCUCAACCACGUGCACGACGUAUCGCCCAUCGACCGGCGCACCGACACGCUGCCCGUCGGCGCCUCCGCUUUGUUCAACAGCAGUGUCGCGUACGUCUCGAGCGCCAACGUCGCCCUGGGUACGUACCACGUCUUGACGCUGCCUUGUGGGGACCUCGUACCGGACGUCCCUGAAACCGCGCUGCGCAGCAUAAGCUCACGGGCGUCGCUUCUCUUGGACGGCGACUUUGCGUACGCCCCUCUUCACUACGCUGUGCAGCACAGCGACAACGCGACGUGGCAGCUGCUGCACGCAGGUGCCGAGCUCACGCCCGAAGGGGCCGACGUCCCGCUCCUCGCACUCGCAGUUGCCGCUGGACGCAGCGCGGACGUGGUCGCGUACUUGACGCCACUCCUCUCGGGACAAAUCCCGACGCGCGUUGAGCUCAACACCGAGUGGCGCGGCUCGGCGCUGCACUUUGCUGCGCGACGAGGCAGCGCCGACGUCCUUGGACCGCUUCUCGCAACGCCGAACGCGGGGCGCCACGUUAAGGUCAAGCACGACGGCUUUACCCCGCUGCACAUGGCAUGCUUGGCACCGGCGAUCGCACCGAACGUGAUUUUGCAGCUCUUGGACGCUGGUGCGUCGCUCUGGGAGGUCGAGCCGGUCCUUGACAUGGCGCCCGUCCAUCGGCUCUUGGUCGCUCAUGCGCUGCCGCUCUUGUCCAUCUGCAUCGAGCGGGGUCAUUUGGCGCGCAGCGAUCUGCGGUCCGUCGAGGCCUACGUCGCGGUGCACCUGGCGGACGACGACCCCACCUGGUUGGUCGAGUUUGCCGAUUGGAUCGUCCAAGCCAAGCGUCCGUCGUGCGUACAGCAAGCCAACGACGACGAUGACAUGGGAGAUAACGACGCGGAAGCGUUCAAGGCCGCGACGCUCCUCCAAGGCGAUCCCUGCUCGCCCGAAUUUGUCAUAACAUGAGCUCUGCACAAAUAACAAGGGACAUACAAGUAAACAAAACCGCAAUAAUAAACGUCGAGGCAAUUGAAUUCGUAA